GCGGCGGUGGGUUCGUGCGGGGGCGCGCGUGGACGCAGCUCGGCGGGCCGAGCGGAACAAAGCGCGGCGGGAGAAAGAAACGGGAAGAGUGCGUGGCUGUUAUGGCCCUUGGACUCGCCUCCCCAGUAGGGCUGCUCUCUGAUGACGAACCUGCCGUUUCUCCUGUGCUGGAAUCCACGGUGGCAGAGUGUGGGGCUGGCUUACGCAAAGCUCUUCUGCCAGAUUUCUCGGCCAUCUCUGCAAGCCCUGAGCAGGCAGCUUCUGAUGACAAUGGGAAGGUGAAGGUGUACGCAAGAGUGCGCCCUCUGAAGCUGGCAGAGGUGGAGAAGCAAGAGGAUCAAGGCUGUGUCUGCAUUGAGAAUCCUGAGACCCUCCUCCUCAAAGCCCCCAAAGAUUCCUUCACCAUGAGAAAUACUGAGCGAGGAGUUGGCCAGGCAGUGCACAAAUUCACCUUCACCAAGAUCUUUGGGCCAGAGGUGGAUCAGAAGUCCUUUUUUGAUGCAACAAUGAAGGAGGUGGUGAAGGAUGUGCUCAGUGGGCAGAACUGGCUUGUUUACACCUAUGGAGUCACGAAUUCAGGGAAGACCUAUACUAUCCAGGGAAGUGGUACUGAUGGGGGAAUCCUGCCUCGUUCCCUGGGGAUCAUAUUCAGUAGUAUUGGGACACGGUUGUACCGGGCCACAGACCUGAAGCCCUGCCUCUCGUGUGAGGUUACCUGGCUGGACAGCAAGCAGGUUCGUCAGGAGGAAACCAAGAAGAAGGCUCUGCUAUGCGGCGUGUUGAAGGAGGAAGAGCUGUUGACAUCUCUGAGCAAGACCCCCAAGCUCCAAGCUGGCACAAGCAGCAGCACUGACAGUGGCAUCGGCAGCCUCUCUUCCACCUGCCACUCUGCCAGCCAGACAAGCAGCAGCCAGCUGGAAGAGACAGGUCUUCGCUGGCCUGACCCAGAUAGUGUCUCCCUUCUGGCACAAGAUGAUGUGCAAUUUUCCAUCUGGGUCUCCUUCUUUGAGAUCUACAAUGAAAUGAUUUAUGACUUGCUGGAAGUGAGCCCAUUUGGCCGAAACCGCAAAGGCUCCAUGCUGCGGCUGUGUGAAGAUCAGACUGGCAACCCCUACGUGAAAGAUCUGAACUGGAUCAAUGUUCAGGAUGCUGAUGAGGCCUGGAAGCUGUUGAAGCUGGGUCGGAGAAAUCAAAGCUUUGCCAGCACCCACAUGAACCAGAAUUCCAGCCGCAGUCACAGCAUCUUCUCCAUUCGAAUUCUGCACCUGCAGGGAAGCAGUGGCGAAGUGGUCCCAAAGAUCAGCGAACUGUCGCUGUGUGACCUUGCCGGAUCGGAGCGCUGCAAAGAGCAGAGAGCCUGGGACCGGAUGAAAGAGGCCAAUAACAUCAACACGUCUUUGCACACGCUGGGGCGCUGCCUCUCCCUGCUGCGCCAGAACCAGCAGUCGGGCAACAGGUUGAAGCAGAGCCUUGUGCCCUUCCGAGACAGCAAGCUCACACGCGUGUUCCAGGGGUUCUUCACAGGGCGUGGGCAGUCCUGCAUGGUUGUUAACAUCAAUCCUUGUGCUUCCUCAUACGAUGAGACCCUCCAUGUGGCGAAGUUUUCUGCCAUUGCCAGCCAGCUUGUUCAAGCUCCUGUGAAGAUGGGAGCCCGGUCCAUCCGCGCUCUCAUCAAGGAACACGGCAUCCGAACUAAGAGGGCCCCUGCGGCUCCCUUGGAGGAAGAAGAAGAAGAAGAAGAAGAAGAGACCAGUGGAGAGAGUGAGGAUGAAGCGGACAUGACUCUAUAUGAUAAAGAGGACCUCCUACGUGUGGUGGAGGCUGUGCAGAACCUGCUGCUGAAGGAGCGGCGGGAAAAGCUCCAGCUGGAAAUGCGUCUCCGUGAUGAGAUCUGCACCGAGGUGAUGGAACUCCUGCAGCAGAAGGAACAGUGGAGCAGUGAUCAUUUGGAUGCCCAGAAGGAGAUGCUGGAGGAAAUGUACGAGGACCGGCUGAACAACCUGAGGGAGUCUCUGAAAGAAUACUACAUGGCGGAGAUCGAGAAUCGGGAUGAUAAGAUUGAAGAGCUGGAAGCUGCCCUGGAAGAAGCCAGACGGCAGCAGAAACCCCAGGAAACUGAGCCGCAGGAGGCCAAGGAGAGCCUGCGCCGUUCCAAACGCACCACCUCGGUCCAUCAGCAGGAACUGACGGAGGCGAAAGCAAAGCUGAAUGCGGCCAAUGAAGAGCUGCGUAAGUACCGGAAGAUGCUGGAGCCCCCGCUUUCUGCAAAGCCAUUCACUCUGGAUGUGGACCGGAAGCUAGAGGAAGGCCAAAAGCAUGUGAGGCUGCUGCGUUCUGAACUGCUGCAACUCGGGGAGUCACUCCAGUCCGCCGAAAGAGCGUGUUGUCACAGCACAAGUGCCGGGAAGCUCCGUGAGACCCUCUCCAAGUGUGACAGCAUCCUAGUCAAGCAGGACCAGACACUAGCUGAACUUCAGAACAACAUGAUGCUAGUGAAGCUUGACCUACGGAAGAAAGCAGCCUGUAUUGCUGAGCAGUAUCAAACUGUACAAAGGCUUCAAGCAGCAACACUACCCCCACCUACUUCUUCCAUCAAAAAACGGUUUGGUGACAACAGUGAAAAUAUGCAGCCCAAAAGUCAGCCUCCCAUCAAGAAGCCUUUCUUGCACAACUUCCUGACUCGUUCAGCAGCCCGGCCUGCUACACCAACAGAGAGCCCGUAUGCUCGUAUUUUACGAGCCCGGCGGUCCCCACCACUCAAAUCUGUGACCCUGGGCAAAAAACACUGAAUGCUUUUGUGCUACAGGCACAUGGCUGGGCACCGCUAGUCGCUUCCCUUGAAUAUAAUUGGUUGGAUCCAGUCAGUCACCCCCAACAUAGACCUAUUAUAAAUCAAUGGAACAUUGAUUUGAGUGUAAGUCUGGAUCCAACCCAAUGAAUAUAAAUCAUUGUAUUAAGUGUGUUAAGGCCUGAAUUUAUUAUAAAUCUUUGUUUUCCCAAAGAUGGUUACUAUGCAUGCCCUCUCUUUCUUUCAGGCCAGCUGCUACUGCACUGUAUAUGUAACCUCGAUUUGUAACUUUUGUAUGUUUAAUUUUCAAACUGUGUGUUUCUGCAUGCUAAAUAAUUU